GGCCAGUACUCGACCGAACAAUAGCUUCGGUGUUGUUGUCGCUGAUCUUUCUGGAAGAGUGGUGUGGCGCUUUCGCCUUUCUUGCGAUCGGUGGUCGUUCCGUGGUUGUACACAGGGGGCCGCUUCGAAGGUCUGGCCACCUGGUCAAUAAAGAGAUUGAACAAGAACAGCACGCAUUGGGAGUCGGAUUGUGUGCACUGGAUCAUAAGAUCAAUGGCUGCCACAGGCUCAUCAGGAGUAUAUAUAUCCGUGAACCUGCUGUUUCUUCUUCACGACCAUGGAUUUCCGUGCUUCGCCGCCACCGGAGGUAGAUGUCUUGAGAGAGGCUACCAGCGUUUAUGGCAUCGCUGAUUCCUCGGUCGCGACCCUGCAGUCGAGCGAAGAAACUCUAAUUGGCAUUUGGGAUGGGGAAGGUGAUGCCCAGAGUUUCGUUUCUUCCUAUCAGCAAUCAGAUGAGAAUGAAAGUGACUGGAAUACAACAUGCACCGAUUCAACCUCCAAUGUUUCGCCGGUUUUCUUCACGUGCAGUGGCUACCGCCACAUCCUGCGUAACUCCCCAUCUUUCAAGCUGCCUGAUCCAGAAAUAUCUGAGACAUGGAACGGAAUAGAGGAUGAGGGAUGUCUGAUGGCACUUCUUGCAGACAGUGUACAGGACGCAAAGUCGUUGUCUACGUCGAGUCUGGAGUUCUUGGCGGGUUUCAAUCGUUUCGUCCACUGUGCACAAUUCGUGGAGGUUUUCACCUGGACGCAAGGAUCGAUCCCGGACUUCGCAGCUCUCAAACGGUUCAUCCAAUGGCUUCCACGUAAUCGGAUCUUGUUCCCACAACUACGAGAGCUCCGCAUCCACCGAUACACACAGACUUACCGCAUGAUGAUUCUGCCGGCCGAGACGAUGUUCUCCUCUGCGCUCCAGGCACUGUACUUGGACCAUGACUGUAUCGCUCCAACCGAUUUGGUCAAUCUCCUCGAUAUCGCAAAGAUUCGUUGCAGAAAAUUGGCUAUUCUGCACAUCGGCAAGCUGUCAAUGCAUGCAUCGCGAUCCUCGCGUGCGCUGGCCAAUACAACUUUGGUCUCCUUCCUCAAAUCAGCCGAUCUGGAAGAAUUCUCCUUAAAAUUCAUGAUUCCUCCCGCUGCACUUCAGGCACUAUCUGUCAUGACUCGGCUGAAAAGUCUAUAUUUCGUGUGUCCCACUGGCUUCCACUCACGGUGGCACUUCCUCCGCAAUGCAGUCCAUAACAAGAUCCGCGACUCUCCUCCAUCCUAUUCUACAAGCCUCACGAAACUCCGGAUACGCACGCGCGAUAUCAACACGACGCUAUUAAAAGUCAUAGGCUCGAUCUCGUCGCAGCAAUUGAAAACUCUGGAUAUCAUACUCGAUGAAUGGCCCAACGCAGAAGUCCGGAUGCAAUUCAGCGAGUCAGUCAGGAAACUUAGAUGCGCCCGUGGUGGUCUCGAUAUCAACCUUCAUGAGUUAGUAUGAAAGCCCGCGAAAAGAGGCUCGACGCGUUUGCAGAAGGUCCGAAAUCUUUUCUCGCUGGGACUUUAGCUGUAUUUCACUGCUGACAUUCUUCCAUCCAUUCCGGGGGUGGGGGAGAGGGGGGACUUUGAGAGCUUUAUGGAUAUUGGUCGAGUCGCGUGCUUGAUAUGAAGUCCGGGAAGGAGUUGGAGC